AUAAAUUCUUUCCUGUGUUUCUGUUAUAGAUGGAAUGAGUUGUGAUUCCAUUUAUGAUGUAGCAAGUUCUUGUUUUGAAAAAUUUGAACAAGAUGAGGAAAUGGUAUCUCAUGAUAUCUCCAAGUCCUGCCUCAGUGAAACAGAAGGCAGCACAGACAUGAAUUUUCAUGUCAGUAGAGGCCUUGCCUAGGUUCUUGUGUGUCCUAGGCCAGGACAUACGUGCCAGCACAUUUGUUGUCUUCUUGACUGAAAGUGAGAAUAUAUAGCUGAGGCAUUUAAAAAUAGCAAACAUGGCUGACCUGGAGGCAGUGUUGGCUGAUGUCAGCUACCUCAUGGCAAUGGAAAAGAGCAAGUCUACUCCUGCGGCAAGAGCAAGCAAAAAGAUCAUCCUCCCUGAUCCAAGUGUGAGAAGUGUGACACAUCGCUACUUGGACAAGAUGGGAGAAGUUACAUUUGAAAAGAUUUUUAAUCAAAGACUUGGAUACUUGCUCUUCAAGGAGUACUGUGAGACUAUUUCAGAGGAACCUAUCCCACAGAUCAAAUUCUAUGAAGAGAUCAAGAGGUAUGAGAAGACAGAAAAUCUUGAGGAAAGGAGGAAGUUGGCAAGAGAAAUCUACGACAACUUCAUUAUGAGGGAGCUCUUGUCUAAUUCACAUAGUUAUUCCAAAGAUGUUGUGAAUCAUGUUCAGAAGUACUUGACCAAGAAUGAGGUUCCUUGUGAUCUCUUUGAGCUAACCAUGAAUGACUUCAGUGUCCACCGAAUUAUUGGAAGAGGUGGCUUUGGUGAAGUGUAUGGUUGCAGGAAGGCUGAUACUGGCAAAAUGUAUGCCAUGAAAUGCCUGGACAAAAAGAGAAUCAAGAUGAAACAGGGUGAAACGCUGGCGCUGAAUGAGCGUAUCAUGCUUUCUCUAGUCAGUACUGGGGCUGAUUGCCCAUUCAUUGUAUGCAUGACGUAUGCAUUCCAUACCCAAGACAAGCUCUGUUUCAUCUUGGACCUAAUGAAUGGGGGGGAUCUCCAU